AUGCAGCGAACAGCAUUCGAUGUCAACUCCAUUGCCGCGCUUCUCCGGCAGACAGAGGCGAACCUCGCAGCUCUCAACAAGCCGCGGCAAGAGCCCGCCAGGUAUCUCGGGGAGCCCCUGGCGUCCGCGGCCCGUGACCCACUCGUGGGAGCGUUUCGCGAAGUUGCAGAACCGGCACCGGUGGUCCUCCAAAGGGGGGCCUUGGGUAGCGGCCUCGAGCUCGAGUCCCAGGUUGUGCAACUUCGGAGCUGCUUGGAAACCUUGGAGCGUCGACUCGAGGAGGAACUUCGGUCCUUCUUGGCGAUUUCUGACAAGCGAUUGCAGGCUCGCGAGGAGCACCUGCGAGGGGUUGGCGAGACCAUGCAGGCCUCAGCAGACGCUGCGCUGGAGCAGCUCAGCCGUCGAGUCGAUUCGCGCCUUCGCGAGCUUGACCGAGCUUCCGGGCCCAGCGGCCUGGACGAGGUCUGGGAGAGCUUAAAGCGCUUGCAAGCCGAUUGCCAGGACUUGGAUGGCAAAGUCCGGCGUGCGACGCCCAUCGAAGAGUUUGCCGAGCGGCUGAAAGAGCUUGAACGAGCACAUCAGCUGCGCCUCGAAGAUCGCAUCGCCGUCCAGGAACGGCGCCUUGCAGAGAGUCGGGUGCAACUGCAGGGGCAGACUGAUGCUGCCCUUCAGAAAAUCAACCGCCGCUGCGAGGAGUUAGAGCGGCUGGUCCUGGAAGGCCAAGGAGAGAAGGGCGACGUCGCUGAGCGGGCUUUUCAGCGACUGCCGGAGGCAGCGCCGUUCCGAGAAUUGCAAGAAGAGCUGCGUGCGUCUAGCUACGACAAGGAGAUGCAGCGGACACGACUUGCUUCCCUGGAGGCGAAGCUUUCAAAGAUGACGGCCCUGGAGUCAAAGGUGGAUUUCAUGGAGGCACAGAUGACUCAGCAACUGGAGGAGCAGGCGCAGCAGUUCCGCAGCAUCGGAGAUCUUCAGCACAAGCUGACGCAGAAACUCACGAACACGGAGGCGGCUUUUCAGCGCUCAGAUGCACAGAGCGGAGUUCUCUCCACACAGCUUCAGUCACAAUUCCAGGAGGAGCGGGACCGGACAGCUGCGAGCGUGGAGACGCUCCAGCUCCGCCUUAUUCAACGGCUGGACGAGGUCGAAGCGCGCUUUACACGCACAACCUCUCGUGCGGAGAAGGAUGCUGUGGACCACCUGACAACGCUGGCGAAGCAGAUCUCUGAUAGCAUGGCAGAUUCUCAGCGACAGGCCGAAAGGCGCUUACAAUCGGCAGAAGCUCGAUGCGAGACGGCUGCCGAGAAACAUUGCGGCCAAGUCGACCGUUGGCUGAAGGAGCUGCGUUCGGAGGUGGAGUCGACGUCGAAGGCCACCGAGCUGGACAUGCAGCGACUGGACCGUCAGUUGCAGGAGACUGCCUCACGGAAUGCUUUCCAGGAACAGCGCCUUGCGGAUUUGGAGCUGCAGCAGUCGAGGCUGGAAGCCGUGGAGGCGAAAUUUGGAAAGAUUUCGGAACUGCAGGUGGAUCAGCGCCUGAGGGAGCAAAAGACCUACAUGGAGACAAUGAGAGCUCAGUCCGAUCGACGUUACGGGGACUUGGAUGCCUUGAUCCUCUCUGUGGAGGAGCAGGUGCGCAACUUCGAUACUGCUCGGACCAGCGAUGGCUUGGAGCACAGGCUUCGGCUGGAUGCACUCGAGGGCCACACGUCCGACAUGCAGGCGGCCAUCACGCGUCAAGGGGCCCUUUUAGAUGCAGUUCGCAACACCUUGGAGGGACUGGAGCCGAUGAGAGCCACCGUCAUCUCGCUCGAAUCCAUGCUGGCUGCUACUGACGAGCAGUUUCGCAGCCGCGGAAAGGAGUGGCUGGAUAGCCUGCAGCAUUCACAAAGUCUCCACGACGCUGCCGGCUUGCGCAUGAACGACUUCGCAACGCAGCUUCAGGUGCUGCACCAGCAAGCAGAGUCUCAGAAGAUGACAGCCCAUACACUGGCAGCCAAGAAUGACACGAUGCAGAAGCAUCUCUCUUCUUUGGAGGACGUUAUGCGGACACUCCAGGAGCGCAUGGCUUCGGGCUUGGAGCUGGAGAGCAGCCCUCGCGCGGCUAUGACGGAGGUGCAGGAGCUCAUGGCAGUCUCUGAGAGCCGCCUCAUGCAGCGCACGAAGAGCGAGGUGGAAACUCUCCGCUUGCAGCUGGCCGACCUAAGGGCCUUGCUGAACGAUGGCUUGGACCUGCGAACAGCCGCUGCCGCAGACCUGGAAAGGCGCAUGUUGGCCGCGGAGAAAAGCGCCACGCUGCUUCGGUCGGAGCUGAACACGACCCGCAUGCAGGCAGAGGAGACGGCGAACCGCGAGGCCCGGCUGACCGGGGAGGUCCGCGCCUUCACAGAGAAGCUCUCGAUCUGCCAGGCGGACGUCAAGGAAGCCGAUGCCAAGGUCGCGGGGCAACUGGCUGAGGUGGCACGGCUCCAGCAGUCGGUGCUCAUAUGCCAGCAGCAACAGCGGGCCUCACAGCAGCUCACGCAAGUGUCACAGCUGUCGGCGGGCAGCACCACCACGGUGGAACCGCUGUCGCCAGAACACCGGUAUACCGGCCAGAAUGCCGUGCUGCUGAGAAGGAUCCAGGAUCGUUUGCAGCGCGUAGAGGACUCACGAGAUCAGUUCCAACUCCACUUGGAGGAACGAAUCAGACAGCUGGAGAACACCUCCAAUGCAGCAGAGAUGAGGUCCAGCUCCAGUGCGACGCUGAUGGUGAGUGCGGUUCGGUCAUCGGUUGGCCCGCAGCUGGACGAGGUGAAGACGCGGUUGGACCGGCAUGAAGAGACUCUCCGCAGCUUGCAGCUGCAAAUUUCGGGGCGAGCGAUCCACCAGCCCACUCGCGUCGAGCCGGUGACCACUCGGGCACAGGCCGAAAGUCCAGAAAGUCCUAGCAGGGAGCGAUUCGAUGCACGCCUCAGCAGAUUGGAAGAUCUCUUCGACCAGCUCCCGACCACUCAGAGUGUCGAGAGCAGCGGCCUCGAGUUGAGCAGUCUUCCGGCGUCCACGGCGCCGCCGAACUCCACCAUGAUGCUCACUUUGAACUGGGUGGAUGAGCACUCGGAGUCUGCGAGCUCUGAGAACAUUCGAAGUGCGCUGAGGGAGGUCCCCGUAAAUUUGGUUCGCGUGGACACCCUCCCUGAGGGCCGCGGAGCACUGGGUGCACAGGGCCGGGGCACUGUGUGCUGGCUUGCAUCCACGGACACGCCGGCUGCAGAGACAGCUCUUCGGCGUCAGCUCACGGAUCCUGGCAGUGCGUUGCGGCGCCUCCUCCCGGGUCUGGUCGCUGAGAGCUCUGCCGUGGUCCCCGCGCCGUUGGCAGCGCUUGCUGUGGGCCAUGCCCGGCAGUUGAGUGCCCGUGUGAACAACUUGGAAGAUGCACAGAGACAGCUCGCUGACAAUCUCACGAGCGUCGAGCGGCAGGUUCUGAGCAUGGAGGGCCGUCUUGCAGGCAGUUUGGGCCUCACUGCACCCCUCCAGCGCAGGGGCGACUCGCGAGGUGCCGGCGGUCAGUCGGAGUCCUCUCCCCUGAAUUUGAGCAGCAUCGGCCCACCUGCGCACGGACGCCGAGAUCCCGUCGGAAGCGGCCGGAGCCCAUCGGACCGCAUCGAUGCGGACGAAGACGAUGCCUCGGUAGACUUCGAUUCCGCCUUCAACGAGACUGCAGAGGCUAGCCGCCGCAAGGAGGAACAGCGGCAUGCUGCCGAGCAGGUUGCACAAGUGGAGCGCGAGCGUCGACGAGCGGAGGAGGAGUUCGAGCGAAAGCGACAGGAACAGGCCGAUGCUGAACGGCGCCGGGCAGAUGCUGCCCGGAAGGAGCGAGAAGAAGCGGAGGAGAAGCGGCGAGAGGAGAUGCGACGCCUCGAGGAGGAAGCUGCAAAACGACAAGCAGAACAGGCGAAGCGUGCCCGCGAGCAGGCCGCUGAGGAUGCUAGGCUCCAGGAAGAGGCUGAGGCAGCCCGCCGGCUUGCGGAGGAAGAGGCAGAGGCCCGAAGGCGAAAGGAAGCAGAAGAAGCCGAAGCCAGCAGGGUGCGUGAGGAAGAGGCUCGAAAGAAGCGACAGGCUGAGGAGGAGGCGCGGCAAAGACAGGAAGCCGAAGCCGAGGCGAAGCGACGUCGCGAGGAGGAGGAGGCGAAGCAGCGUCGAGAAGCUGAAGCUGAAGCGAAGAAACGCCGCGAGGAGGAGGAGGCGCGACAACGACGGGAGGCUGAGGCCAAGCGUCUUGAAGAGGAGAAGGAGGCAGCCAAGCGCCUGGCAGCCGAGGAACAGCGCCUGCGUGAGGAGGAGGAGGAGAGAAAGAAGAAAGAAGAGGCUGCCAGAGCUGGGGUUACACAGCCGAAGCCGAGCUCCACCCCGACUUCCUCCCAAGCCACGCCGACGUCCGCCAAGUCCGCCAAGGGAACUCCCAAGUUCAGCUUUCCUACAGACCGGACCCGGAGGACACGUGUCACUGGCCUUCCUCUCACUGCUCGCGCCCGGAAGACUUCCAAAGAGGAGGAGGUCAAGAAGGUCUUCGAUGACAUCACGAAGACAGGAGCUGCGACCUUCGAAGAUCUCCUGGGCUUCCUUUGCGAUCAUUUAGGCUUCGGACUCGCCGAAGCCAGGGCAUUCUUCGAGCAGUAUGGAGAAGGCAGGGAGUCCUUGACGCUCCAAGACUUGAAGAAAGGCUACGCAAGUCUGAAUCCCUUCAUGAUUUGCGAUCGCAAGUCGGCGAUCGUCAUCCGAAAGCCUGGCUCGCUUAGCUCGGCUCAACUCGUGGACCUCCAUGUGGAAGUGUGCGACGACAGCGAGGUCUACAUUUGCGAUGUGACCAGCCAAGUCUUCGUUGAUGAAUGCAAGAGGUGCACGAUCCUCAUCGGCCCAUGCGAAUCCUCCGUCUUCGUCCGUGAGUGCGAAGACUGCGUCUUCUGGAUUGCCAAUCAGCAGCUGCGCACAAGAGACUGCAAGCGCUGCACCUUCCAUUUGUACUCGAAGACCGAGCCAGUCAUUGAAACGUCCGAAGACAUGGCGUUUGCGCCCUGGAGCGCAAGCUACCCCAUGGCUCAGGAGCACUUCGCAAGAUUUAAGUUCGAACCCGCCCGGAAUCUGUGGAACGCCAUCUUCGACUUCUCGGGCAAAAGGGAUCGCUGCAACUGGCGUAUCCUGGGCCUUGAGGAGAUCUCACACCUCACAGUGGAACUCGAGGAUGUCCCGCCAGCCGCACCCAGCAAUCCCUCUCCGCCAGUAACCUACGAGAUGCUCUGCGCCGAGCCAUUGGAGUCUGGAGAGUCUUGCGGUCAGAGCAUCGGAAGCAUUCCGCAGACCCGGCCCGACCUACCGAAGAAGCCGCCCGGAGAUCUGAAAGAGGUCUUCAAUCUCCCAGUGACUGACGGCGGUUCAGAUUCUCCAGCGCUCGAGCGCCUGACGAAGAGGGGCAAGCCUCAGUCAAGCACCGAGACGUCCGCCGCUGCUUCGGCGAUAGCCCCACCUGCCGGUGGAGCACAGAAAGACAGCCUGCAGACCUCACACGAGGCGCCGAAGGCCAAGGCAAAGGCUUCCUUGGGUGCCAGCAGCAUGUUCGCAUUGGCCGGAGAGGCUCUGAUGGAGGCACCGAAAGCGACAACGGCUGCCAAAGUAUCGCCGAAAGCCAACAGCAUGUUCGCAAUGGCCGGUGAGGCCUUGAUGGAGGACAUCGAAGAGGUCGGUACGGUGGUCCAAGGAGGGAUGACUGUGGAGGACGAGGACAGUAGCGAGGCGGAGACUCCUAGGCCGAUGCUCCCGAAGGCCGCGGCGGCCGCCAAAACGGCGGCCUCGGCGCCCAAAGCACCGCCGACGGCCACGGAUGCCAAACAGGUGCGGUCCAUGUUUGGCGAGUCUGACGAGGACGACGACGAGCCGACCCUGCCAAAGCCU